AUGAGCGGGCAGGGAGUGAACGGCGCCCUGGUCUGCCAGGAGAGCUACGCCUGCGGCGGCUCGGAUGAGGCCGCCUUCGAGUGCGACGAGUGCGGCAGCCUGCAGUGCGCCCGCUGCGAGCUGGAGCUGCACCGGCAGGAGCGCAUGAGGAACCACGACCGCGUCCGGAUCUCCCAGGGCCACGUACCCUUCUGCGACUCCUGCAAAGGCGACGGCAGCUGUCCUGCCAACGGCUCUCGCCUCAGGGCCGUGGUCAGGUGUCAGGGCUGCAAGAUCAACCUGUGCCUGGACUGCCAGAAGCGCACUCACAGCGGCGUGAGUAAAAGAAAGCACCCCCUCUCUGCCUACCCGCCCUGCAAACCCCCCGAGGCCAACAUGAACUCUGAUGCUGACGAGGACCUGCAGCGCGUGAACGCCCAGCUGGACAAGGUCUGCAGCUUCCUGCUGGUGGAUGAGAAGGAGGAUAUGCAGGUAAAGAGUGGAGAUAACUUUGUGAAGAGACUGGGCUGUGUACCGGAUGAACUGCUGAAGGUGGUGUCCAUUUUUGGUAAUACUGGGGAAGGCAAAUCACACACCCUAAACCACACGUUCUUCAAAGGCCGUGAAGUGUUCAAGACAUCCCCCACGCAGGAGUCGUGCACUGUUGGAGUGUGGGCAGCACUUGACCCACUUCAUAAGGUGGUGGUCGUCGACACAGAGGGACUCCUGGGAGCAGGAUCAAACCAGGGCCAGCGGACCCGUCUCCUGUUGAAGGUGCUGGCCGUGUCAGACCUGGUCAUUUACCGCACACACGCCGACCGUCUUCACGAUGAUCUGUUUAAGUUUCUGGGCGAUGCUUCAGAUGCUUAUUUAAAGCAUUUUACAAAGGAGCUGAAAGCCACCACUGCCCGCUGUGGUCUGGAUGUGCCGCUUUCCACUUUGGGCCCUGCUGUUAUCAUUUUUCACGAGACCGUCCAUACCAAGUUGCUAGGCUCAGAUAAGCCUUCUGAGUCUGCCGAGCGCCUUCUCCAGGAGCGUUUCAGAAAGCUUGGGCUCUUCCCAGAGGCUUUCAGCUCUAUUCAGUAUCGAGGCACACGCACCUAUAACCCUCCCACUGAUUUCAAUGGCCUGCUGCGUAGCGUGGAGUCGCAGCUGGACAACACCACCACACGCUCUCCACGUUCUGCAAGUGUCAUCUACAAGGCUCUGCAGGCUUUAAGUGAGCGGUUCAGUGGUGAGAUUCCUGACGAGCAUCUGACCAGCAACUCCUUCUUUCCUGAUGAGUACUUCACCUGUUCCAGCAUCUGUCUCAGCUGCGGCUCCGGCUGCAGGAACAGCAUGAACCAUCUGCGGGAAGGAGUGAGCCAUGAGGCCAAGCAUCGCUGCCGCUAUUCACCUCACUAUGACAACCGUAUUUAUACAUGCAAGGCAUGUUAUGAGAGUGGUAAGGAGGUGAUUGUGGUUCCCAAGACUACAGCGUCCUCUGACUCACCAUGGUUUGGACUGGCCAUUUAUGCCUGGUCUGGGUAUGUGAUUGAGUGUCCCAACUGUUCAGUGAUCUAUAGGAGUAGGCAGUACUGGUAUGGGAACCAGGACCCUGUGGACACAGUGGUCCGUACAGAGAUCCAGCAUGUUUGGCCUGGGUCUGAUGGAUUCUUGAAGGACAACAACAACGCUGCCCAAAGGCUGCUGGACGGAGUGAACUACAUAUCCCAGUCGGUGUCUGAGCUGAGCGUCAAACCUGCCAAAGCCGUCACUUCCUGGCUCACAGACCAGAUCGCCCCUGCUUACUGGAAACCCAACUCUCUCAUACUCAACUGCAGCAAAUGUGGUGAGAGCUUCAAGGAUAAUGACACAAAGCACCAUUGCCGGGCCUGUGGAGAGGGCUUCUGCGAUUCCUGCUCCUCCAAGAGCAGGCCUGUGCCUGAAAGAGGGUGGGGGCUGGCACCUGUAAGGGUCUGUGAUGCCUGUUUUCAAAAUAGGGGCAUUCCAGAGGAGCUGUUUAAUUCUGCAUUGGCAGACGACGAGAGUGGGACUCUGAUAGCCAGAAAAGUCGGAGAGGCUGUACAGAACACUUUAGGAGCCGUGGUCACUGCCAUAGACAUCCCUCUGGGUCUGGUUAAAGAUGCCGCUCGCCCAGCCUACUGGGUACCUGACCAGGACAUCCGCUGCUGUUACCAGUGCCAGCGUGAGUUCAGCGCCCGCCUCUCUAUCCAUCAUUGCCGAGCUUGUGGACAGGGUGUGUGUGAUGACUGCUCCCCUGACCGUCGCUCUGUACCCUCGAGGGGCUGGGACCAUCCCGUGCGGGUGUGUACUGCAUGUAAUCAGAAACCUGGAGACCUUUAGCAGGAUGGGAAUAUCACAAUAUUCACACAGACACCCUCCCCGCACACAAGUUGCAUUGGUUCAGCCCAUGCUGGGACGUGAAGCGCCGUGCUAUAAGCGAGAGAGGAGCAGCUCUGCCUUUUCGCUCCAACACUUGGUUCUUUCACAAGCUUGUCAGCACUGCUCUAGCUUUCAGUGGACUUCGGCUCCACUGAAGUCCAGCUCAGAACGACAGAAAAAGCAAAGACUCAAAUAUCAUGUUUAAUUUGCAGCUAAAAUCAGUGGGGAAACGUGACAAUAUUUUGACAAUCCAUUGCUUAUCAUGCUAUUUAAACCAUGUUCACACUGCAGCCAUCAUGUCUGACAGUAGUAUGUUCCAUAUUGCUAGCAUAUGGUGAAUAUGACCUGAAGUUCAGCAAAUCUGCAUCCCUUCUCAUUUACAGUCUGCAUGAAUCCAGGGAAUGCCUGUACUGUAAGCAAAUGCAGGUGAAAGGCCACCGCAAAAUAAUUGCAGAGCUGGCUAGUUUACCGUUCCUGAGCUACAUAUAUUUCAGUUCUUAUUUUUGUUGCUUUUGGUUUCCUACCCCAGGGAGUAAUUGUUUUUAUUCAGCUUACCCUUUACGUAGUACUCUAGGGCCAUUUCAUGGAACCCAAUGUUUUACCUCCUACUGGACUCAUCUCCUUGGUUGUGGGAUGAUCUCAGUAAGUUGAACAUUUCUUAUUUUAUAACGGGAUUAUAGUGGGAUUUUUAAAACGCAACUUUUGGAGUCACUGUCACUACGGCCACCAAGUGAUUGACCUGCAUACUGCUUUUAACACUAAGCCAUAUAGAAGCCGCACAAAAUUCAUUAUGUGGUAUUGCAUAGGUGGGUUAUACAUUAUGCCAAUCCACUAGACUAUACCUUCAUAAAGUCCUUUAUUGCAAUGUUAAUAUUCACAUUUCAUCAUCAGUACAGUAGAUGUUGUCAUCUAGCCCCUGUUGUGGGUUCAGUAGAUUCAUAUAAUGGGUUCUUGGCCAAAAAAAAAGCUUGUCUAAUUGAGUUUGUUUUAUUUGAAGUGUAAUUUUAGGAUGACUGAACGUGACUGAAACAGAUUUAAGUAACAUGAAUAUCAGUAACUGUCAUGUUUUAUGCACCUAUGCUGAAAUUAAACUUGAGUACCUCUCUAAA